AUGCCGGGGCUGUGGGUGGGACUGCCACGUGCACUUUGGCGGCGAGUCCUUCCUUCUUCUUUAACCCCCGACGGUGUGGCGGGGACACACCAGCCCGCGGGGUGCGAGGUCGUGCUCGCGCUCGCGUCGGGGCCGAACGUGUACGGCGCGGGCGCGUGUCUGAGGGGCACGGGGACGUGUUUGCGCUGCCUGCUUUCGACUGUGCUAAGGGGGGGGAGGCGCGCACGCAGUUCAGCCCCGAGGAGCUGCGGUGCGCCAGAGUCGCUGCGCAUGUGCACGGGAAGCCGGGGCGGCGACGGUGGAGCACGUGUCAUUCGCGGAUGCGGAGUAGUAGUGCAUCAAGGAGAAAGGGACCGUCUGCAUCGCGACGCGCACGAUCGUGGAGCUGCUGCUGCUGCUGUAGUCGGGCGGGCGGAAAAGGGGGUUGUCGUGGCAGCAGCAGUGGGAGAAGGCGCAGCUGUGCGUGGAAAGAACUCGCUGGCCGGCGUGCCGAUCGCCACGUCGCCGGGGUUCAACAUGGCGAUGGAGCUGGACUACGCCGUGCAGGCCGGGCUGAAGCAACCUAGAGGCGAUCAAGGCCGCUACGGCCAAUGGGCCCCCUUACGGUUGGAGCUCAGGCGGCGAAGACGGGCCAGCUGA